AUGUUUUACACUGAAAAACUUUUAGCUGUUGGUGUUGACAAUGUUUUCAUUUUGUUAUCGGCUUGGAGAGCCACUAAUGUUGCCGAUUCGCUUAUGCAUCGUAUGGAAGAGACGUUUUCCGAUGCAGCUGUCUCAAUCACAGUAACCUCAUUGACUGAUUUAAUUUCCUUUGCUGUCGGAUGUUUAACACCAUUUCCAUCUGUUCAGAUGUUCUGUGCUUACGCAGUUGCUGCUGUCAUUUUCACAUAUGUCUACCAAUUGACGUUCUUUGCAGGAAUUAUGGUGUUGACAUGUAGACGUGAGGUCGAGGGUCGACAUUGCUUAACUUUUCAAAAGAUGAAGAAACACGUUCGUCCAUCUUUAAAAAUGAUUGAAAAGGGGAAAUCCAAAAAGACGUGUAAGAGUGGUUUUGUUUUUACGCUUUGGAAACCUUUACAGUCUAUUCGCCUUACAAAUUACCGUUUAGCUCAUGAGUCCGACAUUAUGCAAGGUCAAUACUACGCAACAGGAAACCUCGCGAAAACCUACCAGUAUGAAGACAGAGGAUUUGAGAAAAACCAUGCUUUAGCUCGGUUUUUCAGGACGACGUACUCUGAUGCUUUAUUAAACCCAGUUGUUCAUUUAAUUAUAAUUACUGCAUUUUUAAGUUACUUGGGGCUAGCAGCCUGGGGCUGUGCUAAUGUCAAGCUUGGUCUUGAACCGAACGACCUUUUACCAGAAAAUUCUUAUGGGAAAAGAACUUUAGCGGUUGCUGAGAAGUAUUUCUCAGAUUACGGCAGUUACCUUCAUGUGUGGAUGUACAACUUAUCAAAAGUUGACUUGGGACAUCGACGAUUAUGGGUGGUUCUCGAGAAAGAAAUUGAACUCUAUGAGCAUACUGAAUUCACAAGUUCCAGCGAUUCCUGGCUACGGACUUUCUUAAAUUUUGUUCAACAAGCCGGUUUGCUGAUAACACCGGAAAAUUUUGUUUAUAUACUUAAGAAUGUAUUCCUGUCGCAGCCUCGGUAUGCCAAAUUUAAUAGAGAUAUAGUUUUUGACGACACCGGUAACGCAUUGGAGGCUUCUCGAAUACCAGUCCAGCUUCGUUUUGUCGGGGCGUGUAACCAGUCACGCGCGAUGCAUCUGUUCCGACGUUUGGCUGAAACAAGUGAAUUGAAUACGGGUGUUUAUGCCGAUUUCUUUCAGUUCGCCGAACAGUACAACGCAGUUCUGCCAGGGACACUGAGUUCCAUAGCGAUCGCUGGAGUGGCGGUUGUCUGCGUUUCUUUAUUGCUGAUACCAGAACCUAUUGCAUCUCUUUGGGUUACUCUGAGUAUUGUUAGCAUCAACGUCGGCAUCUUAGGUUUCAUGACAUUUUGGAGUGUUCGCUUAGAUUUCAUCUCAAUGGUCACCAUAGUUAUGUCGAUCGGCUUUUGCGUUGAUUUUGCGUCGCAUUUGGCAUAUAAUUUUGCCAAAGGAUCAAAUAUACCGGCAUCUGAAAGGAUGCGUAAUGCUUUGUAUGCUGUUGGAACACCAAUACUUCAAAGUGCGUCUAGCACAAUAUUAGGAGUUUCGUUUAUGGCUUCUGCGGAGAGCUAUAUUUUUCGGUCUUUUUUAAAAACGAUUAUCUUGGUAAUCACGCUUGGGGCUCUUCAUGGUCUGGUUAUCCUCCCUGUUUUGCUUACAUUAUUUUAUUGCGACAGCAAGAAUAACAACGAUGAGUAA